AUGGCAACCUCCCGCGCCUGGACUUUCACAGCCCGCGGCGCGCCCCGCUCCGUCCUCUCUCUGACAUCGCGCCCGGUCCCAACGCUCCCGCCCGCAGCCGCCGUCGUCUCAAAGUCCAAAGACAGCACCGAGUGGCUCCUGGUCAAGGUAGCCUACGCGGCUCUCAACCCAGGCGGGCAGUUCUUCGUGAGCAUGAUCCCCGCGGCCGCGAGGGCGAAAACCGCCGUGCCGGAGAUGGAUCUGAGCGGCGUCGUGGCCGAUGUCUGGACCCCUUCUGCUUCUUCGUCUGCGACGGGAGCGAGGUUUCGCAAGGGAGACCGCGUCGCUGCCUUCAUCCCCGUCUCUUUCGGCUGGGCCACGGGGACGGGCGCGCUGGCGGAGCACGUCGUCCUGCCGGCCAAGUACGCGAUCGCCGUGCCGCGGGGCGUGGGGUUGAAGGGCGCCGGGAGCGUGUUGACGGCUGGGUGCACGGCGCUCACUACGGUCCGGGCCGCGGGGCUGAAGAGGGGCGGCAGGGUGCUGGUCAACGGGGCCAGCGGCGGGGUGGGGAGUCUGGCGGUGCAGAUGGCGAGAGACGCGGUCGGGCCGGAGGGUGUUGUGGUUGCGGUGUGUUCGAGGAGGAAUGCCGAGAUGGUCAGGGGGUUGGGGGCGGAUGAGGUUGUGGACUACACCGCCGGCAGGGUUUCUGAUGUGUUGAGGAAGAGGUUCGGCGGGGAGAAGAGGUUUGACGGGGUUGUCGAUUGUAUUGGGGUGCAGGAUGUGUACGCUUCCUGCGCGGCGUAUGUGGUGCCCGGGGGCGUGUAUGCGGCGGUCGGGAUCAAGCCAGCGGCUCAGACGUGGGGGAGCUUUUUCAAGGCUGUGUGGACGAUGCAGAUGAAUGCUGUAUGGCCUUUGGCGGGGUGGCUUGGGGGCGCGGGAAGGGUUUGGAAGGGGACGACGAUGAUGGAUCCUGGGAGGACGUUGAUGGAGGAAGUUGUGGGUAUGUUGGCGGAUGGGAGGGUGAAGGCUGUUUUCGAUAAGGAGUUUGCGAUGGAGGAGGCUGUGAAGGGAUAUGAUGUUGUCGAGAGUGGGAGGGCUAGGGGGAAGGUUGUUGUCAAGGUUGGAGAGGAGUGA